GAUCUCACAUACUGUAAUGCUGCUGUUAUGAGCUGCUCGCAGGGUUGAAGAUGAACAGGCUGAUUUUACCGGUUCUGUUUGCCGUUCUCUAUCAGGUGCAUACACUGCCAUUGCACACUGAGGAAGAUGAGUAUCUUUUCAAAUCAUGGAUGUCUCAGUAUAACAACAAAUAUGAGAUAAAUGAAUAUUACCAGCGGCUACAGACAUUCCUGGAGAACAAGAAGAAGAUUGAGCGCCAUAAUGCAGGAAACCACAAGUUUUCAAUGGGACUGAAUCAGUUUUCAGACAUGACCUUUACUGAAUUUAAAAAGUCCUACCUCCUGACAGAACCUCAGAACUGCUCUGCCACUAGAGGGAAUCAUGUGAGCAGUAACGGACCUUAUCCUGAUAUGAUUGACUGGAGAACGAAAGGACACUAUGUAACUGAUGUCAAGAACCAGGGAGCUUGUGGUAGCUGCUGGACUUUUUCCACCACAGGCUGUCUGGAGUCUGUCACUGCUAUUGCCACAGGGAAACUCCUACAACUAGCAGAGCAGCAGCUUGUUGAUUGUGCGGGUGCUUUCGACAAUCAUGGUUGCAAUGGUGGCCUCCCAAGUCAUGCCUUUGAGUACAUCAUGUACAACAAAGGUCUUAUGACAGAACAAGAUUACCCCUAUAAGGCUAUAUUAAGUAUUUUACCAUUUUAA